AUGUCGGCCAACCUAAGAAAACGACAGUUUAGCAAAAAGGUUCGGUGGGAUGAAUCUGACCGGGAAUAUCUCUAUCAGCUGAGAUUUAAGGACAAACUAUCCUGGGAUCAAAUUCAUGAGGAAUAUUUCCCAGAUCGAAGCAAGAAUGCACUCAUAAAAGUAUAUUCGGACUUGAAAGUAGAGCGCCACGGGAGUUGCCGGGAAAAAAGGGAAAUGACGAAUAAUACCAACCACAAAGACAGCAAUUUAAUGAGCAAGGUCACUAAGACAAGCAAGCGCCCGGCGCCGAAGGAUGGUACCGAAGACAUGGCCCACAAACAACCCAGGACUUCAGAGAGCCAUUCGCAUCAUUCUACGGAAGACGAGUGGGUAUCGGGUACAACCUCAGGUUCUUCGACAUCUGAUUCGGAUCCGGACUCAGAUCCAGAACUUGAUGAUAGCGGUGAUAUUCAGACGGACGGAACAGCCCAGCACUUUCUGCGAAACAUGCCUUACCAGAACAGUGGGGAGGGAGCGCGCCCAUCACUACUAAUGUGCAAUUCGCGUGGUCUUGUGAAACUUCAGGUUAACAACAGAAACAAGCAAGCUGCCAUCGCAUCCUCUGGUCAUAUAGAGAGACCCAACUCGACCGAGAAUUCUGAGACCUCUGAUCAGAACCACGCAUCUGCUUUAAAUUCCCCUCACAGCAGCAGCUCUGCGUCAACAAUCGCAACCACUCCAAGCCCUGGUCAGACUCACAACAAAAUGCAGAUGCCUGACCAGAAGGAAGGCCCUGAGAGGCUCUCUAGGGCACAAAAUAGCCAGCCCCAGUUUGCGUACUCGGAAAUAUUAUCGGUGCUAAACGGAUUGACCAAUAUUGUCACCCUAUAUCCACGGGAAAAAGAGAGAUCCGAUAGACAAGAAGAGGAGAUUGUGAAGCUGAACAACGAAAUCAAAAAGCUCACUUUAUCGCAUGCCGAUAAGGAAGCGAAGCUUGACGAGCAAAAAGAGAGAAAUACCUAUCUGCAAGAGCAGCUCGCCGCUCAAAUUAAAUCCAUCCAGGAAUACAAAACUGAGAAUGCGACAUUACAGGCUGAUAGAGCAAAACUUCAGGACCAGCUACUCUCAAAAAGUUCAGAGCCAUCUGGAGAAGAGAAUCAAGCACAACCUUGUGAAGAAUGUCCCAAAAAGGACGAAGAAAUUGCCAGAAAAGAUGCGCAAAUUGAAGAAAUCUUGAAGAUACUGAGGAACGCAGCUUGA